AUGCGAGAGAAACAACGGGAAGCGGCACAAGAGGCUGAAAAUCAAACUAAAGCCAAGCAGAAGGAGAGUCGCGUCGCUUUGCGGGCGGCAAAGCAAAAGGAGGACAAGGACGGAGCUCUGGCAGAAGCCGUGGCUGGUGAUGAGCGUUUCAAGGCGCUAUUCACGGACAGUGCCUAUGCCAUCGAGCAAAGUUCUAAGAACUACAAGGGUUCGAAGUUAAUAGAGAAGCAAGUGUCCUUUCAAACGAAAAGCCGUGGAGCAAUCUGA